AUGAAGCGCUUUCGGAGCUUCCUGAGCCGCAAGACAUCACAGUCCGCUGACCAGGGUGCGCAGCAGGCCAACGCGGGUCCACCGCCUGCUGAACCACACCCCCAAGCACCACCACCAGAGGCUCAGCCUUCAUCUGACGGUGACUUCAGUGUCCAGGCGACGUCCAACACGCUCAACAUCGCUCUGGUCAACCAGUUCCCGGCUGGCUCAACAGUGUAUGCUGUCGUUUCCGGCCGCGCCAUCUCCAACAACAAUGCUCUAGUGCUCCUCCGCUCCGAUGGACGUACGCCCUACUAUCCGGCCAGUCCUUCGCAACCCGGGUCUGCAGUCAAUCCCAACGACGUCGCCAUUCGCCUUGGCGCAACAGGAAGCACCACCAACUUGACAAUUCCCUACAUUGCCGGCGGCAGAAUCUACCUCUCGCUGAACGAACCACUAAAGUUCUUCAUCAACCCCGGUCCCGCUCUCGUCGAGCCUGCCGUCGCCAACCCAUCAGACCCAAACAUCGCUAUCAACUGGGGCUUCUGCGAAUUCACAUUCAACCAAGACCAACUGUACGCCAACAUCAGCUACGUCGACUUCGUUUCCAGCAUUCCCAUCGCCCUUGCACUGUCGACCGUCUCUUCCAACCCGCCACCAGCCGUCGGGGGUCUGAAGCCAGGCGGCCUCAACGGCAUCGCCGAAGCGCUCCGCGCACAACGCCAAGCCGACGGUCAAGGAUGGGACCAGCUCAUCGUGCCCGGACCCAACAAUAGUGCCCUGCGCGUCCUCUCGCCAAACAUCGCACGCGUCACGAACAACUCCCUCUUCAAUGGUUACUUCGAGCCCUACGUCAGCCAAGUCUGGUCACACUACUCUGGCUCCAGCGUCCUCAGGAUCGACACACAAGCCCAAUGGGGCGUCGUCACCGCCGAUAUCGCCAACGACGCCCUCGCCGUCUCCGAGGGCUCCAACGGCGGAUCUCAAAAACCAAUCGGUGGUGGAAGCGGAACCACAUUCACCCGCCCCUCCACAGCCGACAUCUUCUCCUGCAGCACCGGGCCCUUCGCCACAGGUUCCAACGCCCUCACCAACACCGUCAUCCCGCGUCUCGCGGCGGCGUUCAAUCGUAGUACGUUGCUGAAGACAGAUCAACUGCCUGCGCCGCAAAGCACGUACUACCAAGAGGCGGUGACUAAUCACUAUAGUCGGGUGGUGCACGAAUGGAACUACGAUGGGAGAGGGUACGCUUUUCCGUAUGAUGAUGUGCAGCCUAGCGGUGGCGGGUUGGAGCAGAGUGGGGAGGUGCAUGCUGGGGAUCCGAAGAUUUGGACUGUCACUGUUGGUGGUGGGUCGUAG